CAAAAUAAAAUCACCAAACACUAAAACUUCAACUCCUCUGACUGUCCUUUUGCUUUUUGCAGACAUAGCAGUGACUCAGGAUUGACGUCGGUGUUUUUUUUUUCGAGCCGUGCGUCGUGUUUGCGCAUAAUCUCACCUCUGCGUAAAAUGGUACGGUCCCGUUAGACGCAGACUCUGGGUCCUGUUCGCAGCCGCAGCAGACGCCCGCAGCGGACAACGACAUGACGAUCAUGCGGAUAAACUGCACCUUGCACUAAAACGGACUAUAGAAUGAACUUUUACCGGCUGGUUAUUUUACUGGGAGCAACAGUCUGUGUGUGUGAUGCUGUGCAUGUCAUAGUCCGGGAGAAGCAGCGCUAUGCCAUGCUCUUCCAGUCCGUGGUCCUCCCUUGUCAGUACCAGACGGCGUCCAUCCAGACCCCCGUGGUGCAAUGGUGGUACAAGUCCUACUGUCGAGACCGCACACGGGAGUCCUUCACUCUUCCGGAGACUCUGGGUAUGCAGGCCUCCGAGCUGGGACCGGAGUCUCACCUGGACUGCUCCGACAACAGCCGCACCAUCCGGGUCGUGGCGUCUGCUCAGGGGUCGUCGCUGACGCUGGCUGAACACUACAAAGGCAGAGACAUCACCAUCAUUAACAAGGCUGACCUGCGCAUCGGGGAGCUGCAGUGGGGCGACAGUGGAGUGUAUUUCUGUAAAGUCGUUAUCGCUGACGAUCUGGAGGGGAAAAAUGAGGCCCAGCUGGAGUUACUUGUGCUUGGCAGGAAAGGUGAGCAGGACGAUCUCCUACCUGAGUUUGAUGUGGAGAUUAUGCCAGAGUGGGCAUUUGUGGGAUCUGUAGUCCUGGGCAGUGUCUUGUUCCUGGUGCUGUUGGGGAUCUGCUGGUGCCAGUGCUGUCCUCAUUCCUGCUGCUGCUACGUCAGCUGCUGCUGCUGUCCUAACACCUGCUGCUGCCCACGACACUUGUAUGAAGCAGGGAAGAUGGCGAAGUCCGGUCAGUCUGCUCAGGUUCCUGUGUAUCCCUACUAUAUUCCUGGUGUGCCUUCUGUGGUCCCACUGGCCCCCUCAACACUGGGGGAACCCAAGAUCACCUCCAUCCCAUCGGUGAAUAAUAAUCUGGCUGGAGUGCGCAGUGGUUACCGACUGAAAGCCAGUCCAGACCAGGACUCAAUGAAAAUCUUGUACUACAUAGAGAAGGAGCUGGCUCAGCUUCCCUCUGCCAAGAUGGCUGCACUGCAACCCGGUAGCCUCUCAGAGCUGAGCUCCCUUCACGAUGGAGGAAACACAGAUUUCAGACACACCUAUCAGACGGUGCAGAUGAAGGCGCUCCCUCCCAUCGCAGACAUCGAUGACCAGUCAACGCUGAGAGCUCCGCCCGGCCGGAGUCGAAGGCCGAGACAGAGGGACAGAGGCGCCCACUCAGAUGAUGAACUGGACAACAGGUGGAACCCUCGAUCAGAACAUCUGCAAAGAAAAACUUUAGGCAGAAGGGGCCGGACCGGCUCCCUGGAUGAGCUGGAGGAAUUCGCCCGGUCCUACGGCUCCCGCGGGCGUCGACCUGACCCUCCAGACCGUACAUAUGAGCGGGAUUACAGCCCCCCCAGGCAUUUCUACAGAGACGAGGAGUACGGGUGGGGCCGCCGGAGCCCUUCACCUUUACCACAGAAGAGAAGGGACACAUGGGACAGCGACCGGCCGAGUCGACCGGCCCAUAACAGAGGAUAUGACGACGCCUACCUCAACAGUGUCCUGGAGAACAAGGCCAGGGGGCGGGGAGGGGACAGGGGGGCCGGGAGGGUGGACGAGGACAGUGACACUCCAUCCAAAGGCAGCUCCAGAGGCAAAGGCAGUGACAGCUACUACAGCCGGUCGCCUAGCAACCGACCCGAAGAGGAUGACCCUCUGCCUCCGUACUCUGAGCUGGAGGCGGAGCGGUACCGCAGGGCUGAGCCGCCCACAGACCGGUACCGCACCGCAGAACCCCCCAGAACAGAGCGCUACAGGACCACCGAGCCGGCCUCGAGGCCCUUCAGUUACACCCGGCCCCAGCAGGGGUUGUCCCAUACAAUACAGGGCCGAGAGGACCGGGACAGGAACCGGAACCUGAGCACUGCACUGAGCAGGGACUCUCUCAUAGUGUGAGUGGGUUUCCCAGACAGCGCCGCCGGUCCAUUCAUUUUAACCGUCCUGUUUCCACGCAGGAGGAGCUGCUGUAACAGUUACACCUUCACUGCCUCACUGAAAUAACAGCAAACACGUGGAAAACACUGAGAAAUGAACAUGCACCGAGCAGCACAUGCAGCUGAUUGGUCCAGUCCAGGACAGUUUGUGGUUGUUUGCAUGCGCAUGAAUUUAACCUGUUUUUAUGCAUGUUUAUUUACCUGCAGUACACCUGCCUCUGGUUCCAUUGGAGUGACUUUUAUCAGUGCCAAGACAUUGUGUUCUAUCUGCCAAUUUCAGAACAGUCUUACAUUGUUCCUUCGUGCUUCUCAGGUCCCACUUUGUAUUUUUGUCUUUGCCUGUUGUUGAUAUUGUACUGUAUGUUAAAUACAUUGAAUUUGUUCUGCAGAUUUUAAUUGCACUCUUUAAUUACUUUUUCAUUUUACAUAUUACGACUGAGAGAGAACACACAUAUGCAUUUUUGUAUCUUUUUUUGUUUUGUUUUCAUAGAUUUAACCUGGAUUAUUACUUUUCUCAAUGAAUGAAUUCACCUGAAAGUGAUGAAAAAGUGCCCAGAUGUUAAGUGUAUUGCUACAUAGGUAAUGUGUGCACUUCCACAUGUUACAUUAUAAAGGUCCAAGAUGGAUUUAUUAUACUUUAAAGAGUAGAUUAAUAAAUUCACCCAUAGUUUUAACAGAUAUCUUGGACUUUUCUGUUGUAGUAAAUCUUUGUCCGUGCACACGUUUGUUAUUAUCGAAUAAAACCAGACUUGAAUCAGGGGAAGUCAACAUUAAAGACGUUUAUCUUAACAUUGUAGUUGUUUUUGAUAAAUCUGUUAUUGGGUUUAUCUCUUCAGUUUGCACCUUUUUUAAUGUCUCUGUUUGGUGACACAAACUGGCCUUUGUUUGAAUAUAUUUGCAUUUUCAUUGUUUUUAUACGUUGGAUUUUGAUAUAAAAAAAAUAAAGUGCUAUUGUUCGUCAUA